AUGAAAAUGCAUUACUCUGAAAUAUUAUUUUUUUCACUUUCAUUAAAUAUAUUGAUAACAUCAUCAUAUGCGCAUAGUGAGAAUAAACAAUACAUUACACCAUAUACACCAAAUACUUCAUCACGAGUGUUAACCGAAUGUGACAUUAAAAUGUCAAUUUAUGAUAAUGAUGGGGAUAUGAAAUCUGUGAAGGAAAAUUUCGAUCGACAAACGUCAGAACGAUUUGAAGAAUACGACGAACGUAUGAAAGAUAAACGCCGAAAAUGUAAAGAACAAUGUGACAAAGAUAUACAAGAAAUUAUUGUAAAAGAUAAAAUGGAAAAAUCAUUAGCAAAAAAAGUGGAAAAAGGUUGUCUUAGGUGUGGGUGUGGUUUAGGAGGUGUUGCAGCAAGUGUUGGAAUAAUUGGUCCAAUUGCUGUAAAUGAAGUGAAAAAAGCUGCUUUGGUUGCUGCAGCUCAAAAGGGUAUUGAGGUAGGCAUGGCUAAAGCCAUUGAAGAAUUAGGAAAAAUAGUAGGGUUAAGUGAUUUUUCUUAUUUAAAUUGGUCUGCAAUGAUUACUGCAACAACUUAUUAUAAACCAAUGAAACUUGUAAACAUUGUUAACUCUGCAAACAGUAUGUGUACUGAUUCUAAUCCUGCUUUUACGUCUUUAUUUUGCAAAGCCUCAUAUAGAAUAAAUUCUGAAGUUUCAAGUUCUAGAUUUACAGAAGUAAUUUCUCAAGAGGCUGCAAAAGCUGCAAGUGCAGCCGGUGAAGCUGCUAAAAAUGCUGAAAAAGCCCAAAUAGCCUUGGUAAAUGAAGAAAGUGCACAUUUGUACAGUGCAAUUGGUUACUCCGUCAUUGCCAUAUUGAUUAUAUUAUUGGUUAUGGUAAUUAUUUAUUUAAUUUUACGUUAUCGUAGAAAAAAAAAAAUGAAUAAAAAACUACAAUACACAAAAUUAUUAAAUCAAUAA